AUGGGAUUGUUUGGACAAACCCCGCAGAAAGCACCAAAAGAACAGGUUUGUUAGCUUAUAUGGAGUUUUACAUACGUUUACGAUCCUUUUAUGCUAGAGCUACUGAGGAACAUCACAUCAAAUGUGAUAUGUUACUUGUUAUUUACUUCAGCUUAAUAUUGGCACGUAAAAUCCGUAUGUGCUUUUUCUUUUCGAUUACAAAGUAUUAGAGGGAGAUGAAAUAUCUGAAUGAACACUUGUAUCGCCACGCUCCAAGCCCGUUGCAGACGAUAAGAUACUCGCUUAUAAUGCAUGCAGUACAGUGCAUGUUGAGUUUUCAAAAUGAAACUGACAACUUCGAUUUUUACACCAGUGAAAGCAACGGAGCUUCUUUGCGAUCGUCAACUUUACGGAACGUUACUUAUGGGACAUAAUUCAAACUCCAAUGUUAAUUUAUACGAGGCUUUCGAAGAUAUGUGAUUUGCAAACUAAACUACGAGAUAAUUAUAAGUAACUGACAGUGACCACUCUAUGAUGACGGCCCUCAAUGUAGCUCAAGUGUUGUAGAUUACUGAUUAUGAUUAAGAACAGAUAGGACUUCUUACUUUGUCAACAAUAUUUAUACCAGAGGUAUUGAAUUUUCUUAUUAAGGUCUUUUUUGAUACCAAGAUCCUUCAUACAAGAAAUGAUACAUAUACAUACACCUGUUUGUGGUAGUUUUAAGCGCUGAUACAUUGAAGAAGUUUCUUAGGCCUUUACAACUUAACUUCAUUAUGCAUAUUUUCCUUAAUGUUCUUUAAACAUCUCUCUGCCAACCAUGACUUGGUGCUCUCAAGGAGAAUUUGUUUAACAAUCAAGAGCUUCUUUAAAUGGUGAUCAAUUCCUUUAUGUUCAUGACCUUAAUGUGUAAGUUAUGGGUGAUAUUGUAACAAGAAGUUAGAUGCUAGUUACUCUUAGGGGUUAAAGUGUUAACCGUUUCACUCUCAAGAUCUCAAGAGUAAUUCUCCUUACUGUAUAUAAUAGAAUUCCCAUAAAUUGUUGCUUCUAAGAACUUGGUGUUGGAUCAAAUGAAUUCCCUUGUUGACAUUUACCCUUAUUCUCAUUACCUGCCUGCUAGAUAGUGUAUUGAUAAACCAUUGGACAGAGAGAUUAGUUCCAGGUCACUCCUGGGAAUGAAAGGAUUUAAGUGAUUGGUAGUUCUGCAAUUGAUCCAGGAUAAUUUGUAUCAAAAAUGAUCUUUACACUUACAGGUGUAUUCACUAAUAUUAACCUACAGUACAUGUACACUACAUCCAAUUACACAUCACUGUUAUCUUUUAUUAGUGAUCUCUCACUUGACAUGUAGUGCUCAGAAGGUAUGCAGUGUUUAGGCAGUUGUUCAUGCAAAUUGUUAUCUACUUUGUAUUUUGAAAUUUUUUAAUUAAGUGUAAUUUUUAUUUUCUUUUGAUUCAGAUAAAGAUAAUGAAUACUAUGCAAAGAAAAAUAGGAUGCAAAGCAAAUUGAAGCAUUUAAAGCGAGUAGUAAAUAUUUUCUAACAUGAGGUCCAUGCUUUUGCCCGAAACAACAGUGAUGGCUUCCUACCUGACAAGCCCUGUACUUGUUAGGGUUUAUGAAAAUCCUCUAAACUGGUGUAACCCUGUAAAUAAAGUAAAUAUAGCUGAAUGCAUGUCUAAUUCUAUUCGUACAUGUAGCUUCCAUGGUUGCAUUCAAGGACAGGAGGGAAGAUACUUUGAGGUCAGAAUGACCAAACUAUCAACUCUCAACUUUUAUUAUUUUCAUUAAUUGGACAGAAUGAUUUACAUAUCUCAGUAACAAGCUUUAAAGUAAUCCAAAUUCAUGAGAAGUCUUUGCAAAAGAAGACCAAAUCCUUGACCCUCUAACUCCCAAGAUCUGAUUGUUAAUUCUCCCAUCUAGCUGUUACACAUUUCUUUGUAAUUUAGUUACAAGAAUUUGGUGUUAUAUCAUGAUAGCAACCUCUAACUGAUAAGUUUGAGUAAUCUCAUUACCUGCCUGUUGGAGGCAGUGUAUGGAUUUUGUAAGGAGAAGUUACAUGUAAAUCUGGGGCCUAAAAGGGUUGAAGUAGUAGACCCCCCAAAUGGCCGUUACAGACAUAUGACAAUAUGUUGAAUGUGUACUUUAGGCAGUUGUGUCUGUUCAACAAUUCAGGAAUAUUGCAUUUAUGUGUCGUAAUUAUGCAUCAUGUAAUUUGAGCUAAGUUAUUGCCCUAAUCUGUGCCAUUAAAAUCCUUAUAUUACCAUUUAUGGUGGGUAAACAAUGUUCUGUUUGAACAGGGAGAACAUUAUUAAAAUUCAAAUUGGUUUUGGAAUGUUUCAGGUGAACCCUUUAACAGUGAAAAAUCAAAAUAAAUUCUUAUCUUGCCAAAUUGUUGGUAAGUUAAUAAGGUUAGGGCAGGAGUCCUUCAAAAACCACACACAUCUUGCAGAUACUCAUCCUGAAGUGCAGAGUUCUUUUGCAAAUCUGCUAACCUCAGAGACUUAGAGCAGAACAACAUUUGGUAUUAAUAAUGUUUAAAAUUUAACAUUUGUUAUCAGCUACCAAAACAAGGCAGAAAAAAAUUGGUCAGGAAAAAAUGAAUAAACCUUGAAGUGACUGGCUCAAAAAUCAGUGUCAAUACACAGUGUAACUUAGUCUUUUUACAAUGUACAGGUACAAGAAUGGUGCAGAGGCUUGAGGAAAGAAGGUCGUGCUCUUGACAGACAAAUCAGAGGUUAGUGCAAGCUUGAUCUUUUUUAAAUUUGAUAUGCAGAAAAUGUCAAUGAAGUAUUCCUAGCCAUUCACCACUAAAUUUAACCGUUGGAAAUUGUUUUUGAAAACAUGAUGCAUUAUUGUUUUUGCAGCCAUUCAAAGAGAGGAAGAAAAAGCUAAAAGGUCUCUCAAUGACGCUGCAAAGAAAGGGCACAAGGAUGUUUGUUCAAUAUUGGCCAAAGAAAUUAUAAGAUCUAGAAAAGCUGUCAACAAAAUAUAUUCCUCAAAAGCACAGUUGAACUCUGUAGAGAUGAGCAUGAAGAACCAGUUGGGUGAGUCAUUUUAACACGCUGAGUGUGAGCAAAACCUUUGUCAACUUUCCAGGGUUAGCUAUAUGUAGCAGUUCUCCAGGGUACUGAGACUAUAAAUUUUCUGUAAGGAAGUAAAUUUGAGUUUUUUAUUUCUAGUACAUAGAAAAAGGUGUAUCAACAUUGACUAAAUUUCAUCUUCUCUAUAGAUUGAAUUAGUUUUUCUUUUUUGCAAGGGUGGUUGUAUUUUUUAAUUUUUUUUGUGAGUAUGAGGAAGGUAACCAAAAUAAAAACAGUUCCAGAUGUUCAUGUACAUGAAUUGUAUUUCAGAUUUCAGAGGGAAGCAUCACUGAAAAAUGAGUGAUGAUCUUUUUCUGUGUCAUUCUUGCAAGAAUUGACAUUCUUUUGCUUUUGUACAAAAACAAGUUCCAUGAAUGUAAUCUUGUAUUUAUUAGUAUGUGAAAAAAUUAAAUUACCAAACUUAUAUCCCAAACUGACUUGAAAUUUGCACCAAGUAUUAAUUUCAAUCAUUGUGGUAGAAUUUUAUAUACUGGUAAAAUUUCAGCUCUAUUGUAUUUGGUUCUAUAAUGGAAGACACCAUACUUCUCAUUUUUUUCAGCUACACUUUGAAUGGCUGGUCCCUUAUCACGAGCUUGUUUGAAUAACAAGAGAAUAUAUUAUGAUUAGUGACUUACAGAAUACUUAUCAUAUAUUAAAAAAUAAUUUCACUACUUGUACUCAUUUUUCUCAGCUACAUUGCGAAUGGCUGGUUCCCUAGAAAAGAGUAGUGAGGUGAUGAAAUAUAUGCAGCAACUGGUGAAAGUGCCAGAGAUACAGGCCACAAUGAAUGAAAUGUCUAAAGAAAUGAUGAAGGUAUGCGCAGAAGAAGACAAAGAAGCUGUGCAAGCAAACUGAGAGCAAUGCACAUUAACAGUAUAUCAUUUAUUGGUGCAUGCUUACAAACUUCAAGCUGUUUUGAACUUGAGGGAAGGUUUCUAUUUAUUGAGACAUAACAGAAUAGUUUCUUUCAUUAGAUUUAUGAUUUUAAUUUGACUAGAAUUUGUCAGUUCCCAAUCACAUUCUAAAGUAUGUGGUUUCAGGUAUGCAUUGCUCUAGAACCUGUUCAUACCAUUGCAUUUCUUCUAGAUUUACAUUAUGCUAUAUUAUAAACUUAGAGUUGACAGUGUGGUAACUGUUAACCCUUUUACACCUAGAUCAAAUUUGUAAUUCUCCUCACUGUCAACCAUACAAUUCUCAUAAUGUUAGUUCAGAGAAUUUAGUAUUGGAUCAAUUAAUUAUCCCCAAAUUGAUAUUUUUUUUUCUCAUCACUUAUCUGGUAGAUAUUGUAUUGAUAUUGUAAGGAGAAAUUCUGUCUAGGUCACUAGUAGGACUUAAAGGGUUAACAUGUGUUUUCAAUUACAUUAAACCUAUUUCCAUGCAGGCUGGUAUAAUUGAAGAGAUGUUAGAAGACACAUUUGAAGUAUUAGAAGAUGAUGAUCUGGAGGAGGCUGCUCAGGAAGAAGUUGAUAAAAUUCUCUUUGAAGUAACAAAAGGUCAUAUAUUUUGCUUUUGUAUUUUAAUUUAUAGUUUUAUAAUGCAAAAAGGACAUGUACAAUACUGUGGAGAACUUAGAGCAUGAAAAAAAUAAAAAAAGAAAGAUCCCCUGAGCUGCUGAAUUUGAGUGGAAGAAAUAUGGUCAAUGCUGAUUGAUUCACUUAGAACCAGGAGGAUUAUCAUUCAUGAAACCUGAAUUCUACUACACUGUAAUUGCUCUUUUUUUAAUCGUUGAGUUGAUUACGGUUAGGUUGUCGUUUCAUUUGUUACAAAGUAAUUGCCAGUUCUGUUAUUGAAUCACUUAAUCUCUGUUGGUUACUAACAAGCCAAUUUUAGUGAUCAAUUCAACAUGCAUGUAAUUGUGAGAGUGUGUAUUACUGUAGUAAGGGUUUUUCUUUCUUUCAAACAGCACGAGUGUGAAGUAUUUUAAUCAGUUUUUGUCUUGUUGUUUAGGUACCCUUGGCCAAGCUGGGCAUGUCUCAGAUACACUACCGGUAAGUAUUGUGAUAUGAAAAGUUCCUUUGGGCAUCACUGAUUAGAGUCAAUCCUAUCAUAUUUGUACCAUUACAUAACUUAUGGGAAUGCCAAACAAACUGGUUUAUAUCCUCUUUCAAGGAUUAGCUGGUAUUUAUCCAAUUCUUUCCACAUGGUGUUGUACUAUGAUGAAACUGCUUUAUGUUUUCUUUCUUUUGCAUAUUUUGUCCUUUGAUCAAGUUUCCUUUUAAUUACAACAUGUAAUCAUGCAUGUGUAGCCUCAGUUUGACUUGUUUUUUUAACUGCAUGGCUUAUUAUGACUGCUAACAGUUUUUUUGUUCUCGUUUGAACAAAAUACAAUAUAACUGACAGUCAGAGCACACACUGCAUGUGGUAGCGAAAUUGUUUUUUCCUUCUUGAAGACAACAACAUGAUUGGAAUGACAUGAUUAUUUUUAAAAUUCUUUCCCAUUCUUUUAGGGAGAACAGGAAGGGGCAGCAGCGAUGGUUCCAUCAGAUGAUGAAGGUGAAAUGGAGGACAUGAAGGCUCGACUGGAGGCUUUACGAAGUUAAAUAACUGCACAAGAGAUUCUAUGUAAACCCUGGAGCUGGGUUGAAAUAACUAGAAAAACUAGCAUCUCAGAUUUUUUGUACAUGUUUUUUUAGCAUUAUCUUGCCUUUUCUUUUCCUUCUCUCUAUCUAAGCUCUACUCCAUUAAAGAGAAGUCUCGGACACAUUGCAACUGAAUGGCACAAAAUAGCCAACCAGGUUUUAAGUUAAACUAGUUACAUUUAUGUUUUUUAAGAACAAGAAAGGCGACGAGCUUUUCGCUUCGUAGCAGUGAAAAAGUUAAGAUUUAAAUCCGUAGAGCACUAUGGAGCAGUAAGUUGCAUUUGCUAAGGUAGCAGUGAAAACUGGAGUACAAGGUAAGCGAGUAAGGGUAAUAAAUGAAGUUGAUUUUUCUCUCUACGGUAGCAAAUAAGCUCUUAUCGGAGAAUUCCUUUACAGAUUGCCUUUCCAGAAUGCCUUUCCAGAAUGCCUUUCCAGAAUGCCUUUCCAGAAUGUCUUUCCAGAUUUCUGUGAAAGCAAGACAUUUCUGACUAGCAUCGGAGAGCGGAAUCCGAAGGUCUGAAGUUCGAUCCUAAUAGGGACUCAAAAUUUUUUUUUUGUCCCACGCUUGUGACAAGACGACUGAGAACUAGAUUCCAGAGCCGUGGGCUGGGUGAUUCUAUUGGUUAAGUCAAAACCAAUAGAAUCAGAGCAUAUGGUUCGCUGGAAGGGUUCCUUCUACUAACACAGUGUAGGAAAUCGUAGAAAGUGACCUCAUACCUUGUUUACCGCCCGCUAGUUCGUACAUUCUUGCCCUUUUUUUGCUUUAAUUCAGCAAGAGAAGUAAACCUUUGUAGCUUUUUCUUGUUUUGGCGAUGAAGGUUUCAAGGUUUCAUGUAAAUAGUUACUUAGUUCACUUAAGUAAAUGUGUAGAACAAAUUAAUUACGGUCGAUUUCACGCAAAAUAUAUUUUAAAAAAUGGAAUCGUUUGAAAUGAUUAAAUUGCUUUACGUGUGGACUUGGUACGACAGUGACCGCCCUUUAUGAUAGAGUCCGCGUCUGGCUAAGUUGCUGAUGUUGUUCCACCCAAUGGCAAAUUCAUAAACUUAUGCUGUUGGUGGGAAGUUCCCAUCUUCAGAGGUCUGAUCGCAUUGGCUCCUUGAAACCGUGUGUGAAUUUUGUGCGCUGUACAAAAUUCUGAAAAUUCUUUGCGAAAAUGUACUAGAACACGCACUUUCCUCCUCGACUUUCCUAGCAAUUCAGUUGUAAUUUUCGCGUAG